GGCGGCGACCGCACGCCAUGCUCGGACCCUCGUGAGCGCUCCUCCGUGGCUACACCAUGAAAGGGACAACCACAGUGACCUUCCUCCUGCUGGUGCUCCGCCCCGCGAGGACCCAGGACGACUCCUUCGCCAGUUCCUUCCUGUCAGGUCUACUAGACACCUUGGAUACCCAGGUGGACGCUAAGAACUGUCCCGGAGUAUGCAUGCACGCACUUACCUCGCUCAUCUGCUCCAACGUACUAGAAGAAGUUGAGUGUCCUAAACCCUCCAUGAAGUGUUGCGUCGAUGAGCCUUUGGGUAACGACACGUUGACGACCACUCGCAGACCGUUCACCACCCGCUACACCACCACCGAGUCUGAUGAUGACGACGACGAGACUACCAGGCCACCUGACAGAUAUAAAGACAGUGGUAACAUAGCCUGUCCUGGUGUAUGCGUGGAGUCUCGUCUCACGCAGUAUUGCGAGGCGUAUUUGACCUCCGGCGAGCUCUGUGUCUCUGGUAGACUGUGCUGCGUCUCCAAGGAUGGAUAUGGAGACAGGAGACCACCUGACUUGGUGGUGCCAAAUGAGAAGAAGCAUUCAACUAAAAGACCGAUAACGGCUUUGACAACAACACCGUAUCCUAAAACGAAGCCGGGCAGGAAGUGUCGCGGAGACUGCAUCAGCGGCCUGUUCGCGCUGUUGUGUGACCACGUGGACGAGGAGGCUGUGUGUCCGUCCGAGGGCACGUGCUGCCUCACAGACAACGCGGAGGCAAGCACCCGAAGACCGACUACCACAACUACACCACGGCCUACAACUCCGGCCCCACUCCCGCGCUGUCCCGGUUACUGUCUGCUGAACAUCAUGGCAGCAUUCUGCGAGAGACCAGCCGUGCUCAUCCCACAUACCAACUGCAAGCUGAGCGGGUCCAUCUGCUGUGACAAUACCAGGUUACCACCUCGUACCACACCUCGCACUACCACCACGACAACAACCACGACACCGGCUCCAGUGGACCCUCGCCCGGACUGUCCAGGCUCUUGCAUCGUGUCGCUUCUCUCCUUCACGUGUUUCCGUAACGCCGAGAUGACGGAUGUCUUCAAAUGCAAGAAAGCUGGCACGCAAUGUUGCGCGCCGAAAUCGAAGGUUCAGGAAGCGAUGGGCGUGCACCGCAACGACUCGUACCCUCUGGCUGUGACGCAUCCGCCACACUACGUCACCCCUUACACCUACACACCCACACAGACGUAUGCUACGCACACCACGCCGACGCCUUACGAUAUCACUAAUUACGCUACAUCGCUGAGGACACCAGAGAAAUACAACAAAUAUGUUUGUGGAGUCAAAGGAAGUAUGUCUCGGUCGGGUCGCGUGAUGGGCGGUGAAGAUGGCGAACGGGGCGAGUGGUGCUGGCACACGGCUCUCAUCAACUCUCUCAACCAGUACAUCUGCGGCGCCGCGCUGGUGGGGACCCAGUGGGUGCUCACGGCAGCGCACUGUGUCACCAAUAUAGUCCGUUCAGGCGACGCCAUGUACGUCCGAGUGGGUGACCACGACCUGACCCGCAAAUACGGCUCCCCGGGGGCGCAGACUCUGCGAGUGGCCACUACCUACAUCCACCACAACCACAACAGCCAGACCCUCGACAACGACAUCGCACUCCUCAAGCUGCACGGGAAAGCAGAGUUGAAAGAAGGUGUAUGUCUCGUGUGUCUGCCCGCGAGGGGAGUGAGCCACGCCGCGGGAAAACGUUGUACUGUCACAGGAUACGGGUAUAUGGGUGAGAGUGGACCGAUACCGCUACGGGUCCGUGAAGCUGAGCUGCCCAUAGUGAGCGACGCCGAAUGUAUCCGCAAGGUGAACGCGGUCACAGAGAAGAUAUUCAUUCUGCCCGCCAGCUCCUUCUGCGCGGGCGGGGAGGAAGGAAACGACGCUUGCCAGGGUGACGGUGGCGGUCCACUGGUGUGUCAAGACGACGGCUUCUAUGAACUCGUUGGGCUGGUAUCCUGGGGCUUCGGUUGUGGACGAAAAGAUGUGCCCGGAGUUUACGUUAAAGUCUCUUCAUUCAUUGGUUGGAUUAACCAAAUUAUAUCUGUUAAUAAUCUAUAGCCCCCUUACUAAAUCACCGUGAAUGAUAUUUGUUUUAUUUUAUGAUAUGGCAACAAUUAUUUUUAUGUUAAUCAAAUUUAAAAAAAAAAUCUAAUUGUAAUCCAAUCAAAUAAUUCACGUACUAUUUUUGGAUUCACUUCUAUUAUGAUAAUUCCACAAAAUUAUGAAUUGUGGAUUAGCGAGAUUCAGAACCUACAUCUACCCAGUGGAAAUUUUCUAUUUAGAAUGUUAUUUUUUAAUUAAUUGAAUGGGAUAUAAGUCUGUAGGCCAAACUAAAUCAUAAUAUUAAAGUCCUCUGUAUUCCGCAAAAUCACACAUUAAAACCGCCAUUUUAACAAUUUUUAUUUUCGCGCGUUUUUUUCAUACAUCUUAUUGAGGGUGCUAUUGUCAUUAACCUUAAUGAAUAUUGUGUUCAUCUACGAGUAAUUUAUGUGAGUCACUUAUCUCACAGUAUUUAUAAAGCAUUUAUGUUUCCUCGUUCUAUAUUUUAUUUAGAAAAUAAUGUAAAUAAACACUACUCCUAAUUAUUUAUAGGUUAAUUUAUUUAUUUAGUAAUAAUAGCUUGAGGCAUUUAAUUAUACUCCCACCAUAAGUAUUUUACUGAUGAAAAUCCUUGAAUACAGAAUUUAUAUCUAAUACCAAAAUAUGAUUUCAAUGUAUGUAUUAUUUAUUUAUUAAACCGUAUAAAGAGUAUCUAGUGUAAGUAAUUUGUAAAUAGAUGUUCAAUACUUAGUCACUAAGUUUGAGUAAGUCUAUGUACGGUAGCAUAAUAUAGAUUGUUCUUCAGUCUGUUAUAUAAUAAAGAAAACUUUUAAUA